CCACUAUAUACCAAUAUCUCAAUUCUUCCGGUCCAACAGAAAAGAUAAAAGGGACAAAAAUGCUCCCCACCCCCUGCACCUCCCACGUCUCCUUCGACACCAUCUACGAACCCUCCGAAGACUCCUACCUCUUCCUAGACACACUCUCCUCAUCCAACGAAUCCGCCUGGCUCACGAACCACUUCUCCCCAUCAACAUCCUCGCCCUCCCCGCUCCUUCUCGAAGUCGGCACCGGCUCCGGCGUCGUCCUCGCCUUCCUCACCGCAAACUCCCACCACAUUCUCGGCCGCACUGAUGUUCUUGCCCUCGGCACGGACGUUAACCGUAAUGCAUGUCUUGCGACGAGACAGACGGUUUUGAAGGCGAUUGAGGAGCAGCAGCAACAACAACAAAAACAAUCCCAAUCAGUCUCUACAGAUGAUUCUAAAACCUCUCAAAUCAAAUCCCUCAUCUCCUCAACACUUACCUCCGACCUCGCCUCGCCGAUUCGUCCUCACUCGAUUGAUAUCCUGCUGUUUAAUCCGCCGUAUGUGCCUACGCCGGAAUUGCCGCGGUUACCUAGUAAGGAGGAUAAUGAUGAAGGAGAUAAGGAAGGGGGCAUGUCGAGGAGUGAAAAGUUUGAGAGGGAGUCGUAUUUUCUCUCGUUGACGUAUGCCGGGGGUAAAGAUGGGAUGGAGAUUACAGAGAGGUUGUUGGCGGAUAUUCCGAGGGUGUUGAGUCAGAGGGGCGUGGCGUAUGUGUUGCUUUGUGCGCAGAAUCGGCCGAGGGAGGUGGUGGAGAGGAUCAUGGGUUGGGAUGGGGAUAUGGAGGGAGGGAGGUGGUGUGCUGAGUUGGUUGGGAGUAGUGGGGUGCAGGCGGGGUGGGAGAAGUUGGUUAUUGUGAGGGUUUGGAGGGAGUUCACUUCUUCUUCUUCUUCUUCUUCUUCUUCUUAG